CGUAUUUUGCAGUUUGCCCGAAAGCGGGCGUGUGGGUGCCAGUCCUGCCAAAUCACGCACAGAUUCGAGUGUGUGCAGACUAGAGACGACCGACUACUCAAGUUAACUACAGUUAAAGAAAGGCGACGAUAAUGAAUGACCCAGAGGACCAUAUGUGAGACAAAGGAAACCCAAGUCCCUUUAUGAACAUGGACAUGGAUAAGCAUUAAUCCAGAUCAUCAUUUUAAAAACCAGAAGUGUGAUCUGUAUAAGGUGUGUCUGUGAUGGAAGGGGAACAUUUACUGAAUCUGGGUCAUCUAACUGAGGUGGAGCAAACUGUUAUCCUCAGUGUGCUGCUGAGAGAUGCUGAACUACGCAGCAAAGAGGAAGACCGAAUACGUAAACUUCAGCAGACCGAAUCAGACCCUGCCCGUUUUCGUUGGCUCUCAGGGGCGUGGUUUAAUGAGCAGCGCUCUAAAAGAUAUCAGAAGGGAGGUGUUGAUGUUGUGCAUGCAUCUUUACGCCGUAAGAAGCGUGAUAAAGAUGUCCCUCUGAUGGAGAUAUUCAGUAAUGGCAAUAACUCUUCUUCCCCGUUACCUGAGCGCCAAGAGGACAAAAAAAGUACAGAGGAAGAAGUGCUGGAAAAUAUAAACGUUGCAGAAGAUGGCAAGAGUCAGGAAGAGAACAAAAGAGAGAAGGAAGUUGUGGAAAGUCCUAUUCACAGAAUGGCCUUUGAAGCCCAAUCCAAGACAAAGAAUACAUCGGAAACAAAUGGUGUUUUGAGUCUUGAAGAAAGUGUUGUUCAGUCAGAGGACACGGACUGCAGAACUCUGUCAAGUGCAUUGCCCUCCAUGAAGGUUGACUCGGGGGGAGAUAUUAACUCUGGCAGUCCUGAACUGGAUCGUUCUAGAUUCGGCUCAGUCACCAGCUUGAGCUCGCAUCAUAUGAUGAAUGGCAGCUUAAUGAGCCUGUACAGUGUGGGGGAUUUCAGUGAUGUUGUGGUAUCAGGACAGAUUCAGUUCUCACUGCAGUACGAUACAAAAAAAGAAGAGCUUCACAUCCAUAUAAUACGCUGUCAAGAUCUCGCGUCGGCUCGCAAAAAUCGCUCCGACCCGUAUGUAAAAAUUUACCUUCUUCCUGACAACACAUCCCGCAGUAAGAAAAAAACAUCUGUAAAGAGGAAAACAUUAAAUCCAGUCUAUGAUGAGAUUAUAAAAUACAAAGUGCGCAGACUGGACCUUCAGGCUCGUGUGCUGAGUAUUUCAGUCUGGCACAUAGAGCGAAUGAGACGAAAUCUCUUCCUGGGUGAGGUGGAAGUGGGCUUGGGACAGUGGGACUGGGGUAACACACAACCUACCUGGUACACCCUCCAGCCAAGAGUUAAAAUAAGUCAAGAUGCCAACAUCAUCAACCGUGGGACUGUUCUCUUCUCAAUUAAGUUUAUACCUUCAAUAGGAAGUGGUAACCAAUUGACUGGUGAGCUGCACAUUUGGUUGAGAGAGAUUGUUGGCCUCCUUCCCACAAAACGUGGCACACCCAAUACUUACGUGAAAAGUGUUGUACUACCAGAUGAAAGUGGUGUCAGCGGCCAACAGACACGUGUGGUUCGAGGUUCUGUUAACCCACAGUUCAACCACACCAUGGUUUAUGAUGGGUUUGAGUCCAGUGAUCUUAUUCAAGCAUGCGCUGAGAUAACAGUCUGGAGCCAAAAGCCCUCUACCUGUCUGGGCGGAGUACGAUUAAGCACUGGCUCAGGUGUGAGUUACGGUCAGUCUGUUUGCUGGAUGGACUCUACAGAAGAAGAGAUAAGCGUGUGGUCCAGUGUUAUGCAGAGCCCCAACAGCUGGGUGGAAGCCAGUCUGCCAAUCAGGACAAAUUUACAGCUCUGCUCUGAGUAAACUGGGUUUAACAUGCAUAUUUGACCUGCUACUAUAGUUGUGUAACUGUCUGAGUAAUAAAUCAAUCCUGUUGCAUAUAGAAGAUGCAAAUAAUGACAAGGAUGUGAGAAAUCCACAGUAGAGUUAGGUUAAUGCUUUUGUAGACAGGGGCGUUGCACAAGAUCUCGGGCCCUAUGCAUAGGCAGUCUUGAUGGGCCCCCAUGCCCCACCCCCAUAAUAUAGUCAGACUUUUCAAGGGCCCUCUCUUCCUUUGGGGCCCUGGUAAUCAGUACUGGUUUUACCCCCAGUCCGACUCCCCUGUUUGUAGAAUUAUCACUAAGUACUUAUUAUCAAUUAGGCCUAAAUCUCUGUCGGUCAAAACAAACCAGACAUGAACCUCUACAUGGAGGGCAAAUGUAAAGAAAGAAAAAGAAAAACAUAAUUGCACAAGGAUUUGUUAAAAAUGAUCCAUUACGCAUUUUUCGUUGGUUAUGUUGUGAAUUAAUAAAACAGACAAAUUGGUGAAUAAUGAUGUCACCAUUAGAAGAGCUUAUGUUAGACUUAUGAAUGUGAUACAAAUCUUAAUAGAAACAAAGGGACACUCCACUUUUUUUGAAAAUGUGCUUAUUUUCCAGCUUCCCUAGAGUAACACAUUUGAUUUUUACUGUUUUGGAAUCCAUUCAGACAAUCUCCGGGUCUGGCGCUAGCAUUUUUAGCAUAGCUUAGCAUAAUCCAUUUAAUCUGAUUAGACCAUUAGCAUUGCUCUAACAAAAUAACCAAAGAGUUUCUAUAUUUUCCUAUUUAAAACUUGACUCUUCUGUA